CGGCAAAUCCAUGCUAUUAUAGCCAGUAUGGAGAUUAGUCAGAUCUAUGUUUAUCCUGUUAAAUCCCUUAGAGGAACGGCCCUGCAAAGUGCUACCUUAUCGAAAGAGGGAUUUGUUAUAGACAGGAAAUAUAUGCUCAUGAAUGUUCAGCGGGACAAAUUAGAGAACAUGCACAUCACUCAUUUCCCAAGGAUGGCACUCUUCUGCACAUCUAUAGAAGGCGACAACAUCACAAUCAACUACCACGAACCCUUGGGCGCUGAUACGGCAAAACAGACUCUGAAGAUUCCACUUCGACCUUCCUAUGAGGGUUUGGCAGAGGUUCCGAUAGAGAUGCAUUCAAGCCCAACUAUCGGUUAUGAUAUGGGAAACAAGUAUGGCAAAUGGUUCUCAGACAUCUUCGGUUUCAAUGUCAGGUUGAUCCACUGGGGUGGAAAUGCGCGACAAGUAUUGGGGAAUCUUCCAGGAAGGAAACAAAAUCAACCUCCGCCAUCAAAUGGUUUGCUUUCGACUCUAACAAGCUACGUUCCUGUCAUUGGGUCUUGGUUUCGAUGGGAAAACGAACGUAUCGCGUUCAAUGAUAUCGCACCAUUCCUUGUCAUCACAGAGGAGUCUUUAGCCAACGCUGCAGGACGUCUUCCUCAAGGGCACACUCUGGACCCUACAAAGUUCAGGGCAAAUUUGGUAUUAAAGGGUGCUCCAGAGGCAUGGGAUGAGGAUUUUUGGGGAAUACUAACCAUAAACGAAGGUAUCAAAAUGACAUUAACUGCAAAUUGCGCGCGAUGCGUCUCCAUUAUUGUGGACUACACCACCGGCCAGUCAGGGACCGGAGACACUGCUACAUUGCUAAAAUCACUGAUGAAGGACAGACGGGUUGAUCCAGGAUUGAAAUUCGCUCCUGUGUUUGGCAGUGAUCUUGCCAUGCUGAAACGCGUUGUUCGUAUGCACAGAGCCAUUUUGCGAGUAGCUUACCUAAAACCAGAAAGGUUAUAA